GCCGAGUGCGAUAUGGGCGGUGAUGUUUGGUCCUUUGCAUGCAUAUCGCUGGAGGUAGUCUGAUUUCUUCUUAUCAUGCGACUUGAUGUCUGAUCCUUCCCAGAUACUUCGCGGGAAGCCGCCUUACGAGACUACUAGGGACGAUUUUCUUAUCCCACACAUAGCCAUGAAACAUGUUUCUCCAUAUGAGUGGGCGGACUCAAAUGAUUUCGAGCGAGUCCUGAUGGGUUGUCUGGAUUAUGAACCCAGUAGACGACCUCCAAUCCACGAAGUUGAUGGACGGCUAAGGCAAGCAGCUGCCGGGAUAUUUAAUCUCCCCAUUCACGCAGACAUUGAACGUGAAUUUAUGCAAGAGGAUAAACGGAACCUUGCUGGGAAAAUACCAUCUGAACAACUCCGUGCACCCGAAGGGCAUCCCUUGUCCCCGUACAAGGGGACCUAUAAAGGCCUAGUCUGCAUCCAACAGAUCAGCAUUCCGGACCCACGAGCCCUCAGUGAUUCUAUACGUUCUUUGAAGAGACAAAUACGCUUGUGGCGUCGAUUGGUACACCCCAACAUAGAGACGCUCUACGGAUGGGUGCUGUCUCCAGGAACUGAGCCAGUAGUCAGCUUUAUUUCCGCUUGGCAUGCUCAUCGCGAUGUGGUGGGGUAUCUGCACCAACAUCCAGCUACAAAUCGCCGCAGGAUGGUGUAUAAUAUUGCACUAGGUCUCUGUUAUCUUCAUUCGAAAGGGAUCGUUCAUGCCGAUAUUAGGCCGGGAAACAUCGUGAUAGGGGAUGGAGGCAAUCCCCGCUUACGUGGAUUCCAGUUCUCAUACGAUCGAUUGGAUGAGCCACUUCUCUUUGACAUCCAUCAUGACCUCAAUCCCCGUUUUGGAUCACCAGAGCUUGUCAAUGGCCUUAUCAAGAUCCCUAAUCGAGCAAGCGAUGUUUGGGCUUUCGGUUGUGUCACUGUAGAAAUACUCGUUGGUGAACCUCCUUAUUCCUGCUUUCCUGGUGUCCAAAGCGUUAUUGCCAAAUGCUUUACUUAUCCUUCGGAUCAUCGAAUAAGCGUUAACGAAGUUCGUGAUACUUUCAAAUCAUGGCUAGCGGCUGAGUGGGAGGUUUCCUAUGAAGGUAUGGUUACCGAUCUGCCGAUUCCUUAGCCUACGUUUGAUGGUAUAACAUAUAGGCUAUCCUGAGAGACCCAUUGACCGGAGUGGAUUUGUGGCCUUACGG